AUGGGGUCUCUGCGAAGAGCUCAAGGGUUGUUUGCAUAUUAUGCCAAAUGGAUCCCUCGUUUUUCUGAUAUGAUUCAUCCCUUAGUGAACACAAAAACUUUUCCACUGAGUGAGCCAGCACUAGCUGCUUUUAACUCCUUAAAAAAACAACUUAUGGAUGUUUCACUACGGUCUGUGGAUGAGAGCCUUCCCUUUGUUGUGGAGUGUGAUGCUUCGGAAGUUGCUGUUUCAGCAGUCUUAAACCAGGGUGACCGGCCGGUAGCUUUCAUGUCAAGAACGCUCCAGGGUAGUGAGUUGCAUUAUCCAGCAGUGGAAAAGGAGGCUACCGCUAUUAUUGAAGCUGUUCGCAAGUGGAGCCAUUUCUUAGCAAGACGACAUUUUACUCUGAUUACUGAUCAGCAAUCCGUGAUGUUCAUGUUAAACAGCAGGAAGAGAACUAAAAGAAUAACAAGAUACAAGAGUGGAGAUGACGUGAAAAGAGUGUGUGCUUCCUGUAAAAUCUGUGCACGACAAAAACCGCAAUUCCAUCAUCCAGGAAAAGGAGUCCUCAUAAAGGCCACCCAGCCAAUGGAACGUCUUAGUAUUGAUUUCAAGGGGCCUCUGCCCUCUACCACGAACAACAAGUACAUUCUUACGGUUAUUGACGAGUAUUCACGUUUCCCCUUUGUGUUUCCCUGUCCAAACAUGCAUUCUAAAACAGUGAUCAAAUGUCUUGAAUCUAUCUUUAGCCUUUGUGGAAUGCCUAGUUUUAUUCAUUCAGAUCAAAGGUCCUUCUUUCAUGUCCCAGGAACUGAAAAUGUACCUUUCUCAGAAAGGGGUUGCAACAAGCAAAACAACACUUAUCAUCCGAUGGGGAACGGCCAGGUUGAGAGAUACAAUGGUAUUAUUUGGGAAUCUAUUCUUUUAAUACUUGAAACUCGUAACUUGAAGACUCAACACUGGGAGAUAGUACUUCCUGAGGUUUUGCAUUCAGUUAGGUCGCUCUUAUGUACAGCAACCAAUGAAACCCCUCAUGAACGUUUCUUUAGGUUUCAGCGACGCUCUAGUCUUGGAAAUACAUUACCAUCAUGGCUUUUGACUCCUGGACCCGUACUAUUGCGACGACAUGUUAGGUCUAGCAAACAUGAACCGUUAACUGAUCAGGUUCAACUCAUGAAUGCAAACCCAAUGUAUGCAAAUGUCAAAUAUCCAGACGGAAGAGAAUCAACUGUGUCUACUCGUGACUUAGCUCCAAGUCCUGAGGGUGCAAUGAUUCCUGUACACCAGGUUGAAUCGUUAAGAGAGAUGGAGUCCCCAAAUACACCUGGAGUGCAGGAUGCACAAACUCAUGUUACACCUGAAGUGCAGGAUGCACAAACUCAUGACAGUUCACAAACUAAUGAUAGCCGUGAUUCUCAUGUGCCCAGUGAGCCCACUGAGCUAAGAAGAUCCACUCGUGUGUCAAGACCUCCUGAUCGCUACGGAUGGGAUUAA